AUGAACGUCAACUGCACGAACGAGACGGAGCACGUGGUGCACCCUGGGAAGGCUGGUUCCGCCAUUUUCCUGUCCAGUUUCACGUCAUUGUCUAACGCGGCAGUGAUCGCCAUAGUGGGGCUGCGGAUCGGGAAGAACAACAACGUCCCGCUGAUUCUGGUGCUGGCGCUGGCCUGUACGGACCUCGGCACGGCGUUUUUCGACUUCAUCCCGGCCACCAUCACGUACUUCGUGGGUUUCUGUAAGAACGGCGGGCAGCCCAUGUGCUUCUUCCACGGCUUCGUGCACACCUUCCUGCUCACCACCUCGCACUGCAUCGUGGUGCUGAUGGCGCUGGAGCGGUUCGUGGCGCUCUGCUACCCCUUCCGCUACAACAAGCUGGUCACCAACAGGAAGGCCAGUCUGGUCCUGCUGGGCUGCUGCGUCUAUGCUGUGAUUUUCGCGGUGCUGCCCCUGCUGGGGUUUAACCGGGUGGUGGCUCACUUCGGCGCGAUCUGUUUCUACGACUGGUACGACCGCAGCACGCUGGGCAGCAUCUACAUCUACUGGUACUGCAUUCAAGGUUUCCUGCUGAUCGCGACCCUGGUGUUCUGUAACAUGGUGGUGGUUCGGGAACUCCGCCGCAUGCAGAAGCGCAUGCCGAACGCAGCUGGGGCCGCUCCGGACCCCUCACUCACCAAACACCGCGAGUUUACCGCUUAUAUGGUGGUGGCUUCCGUCAUCUUCACUGUCUGCAUGACCCCACUUACAAUCCGCACCCUGUGUAACCAUCUCGGCGUGCUGCCCAGCCCCAACAUGGACUACUUGUCCGUGCGGAUGCACAUCAUCAACAGCGUGAUCAACCCUCACCUGUUCUGGAUGUUCCGCGCCUCCGCCAGACAGCGCAUCUGGGAGCUCAUCAAACGGAUUGGCUGCUGCUGCCGCCCUGGCGAAGGGGAGCACAUGCAGCUCUUCAACCUGUCAUCCUCUGGUGGAACUGCAUCUGAGCAAAACAGGAACAACUCAGCCUCUGCCGACCCCACCUCUGCCGAUCCCAGCAAGACCAACUCAGCCUCUGCCGAUGACAAGGCCAGGGUCUACAAGCCUGAGAGUGAUGAUGGCCCUCAGACAGCCUAGACGAAUUGCUACAUCUACAAGCUUGCUACAUCUACCACAAGCCUGCUACAUCUACAAGCUUGCUACAUC